AUAGAAACCAAAUCCAAAAGGAUAAUGGUGAUGGCGAUGAUGAUAAUUACAAUGAUAUUAAAAAAAUAAUAAUAAUCUUUGUACAUUUCUGUGGUUGAUUUGCCGCAUGUGUUAAACACUUGUACUCACCUUGUCUUCUUUGCCAACGGCUUACCAUUACGAACAACUAACAGCUCUUCUGUAAUAAAGAGACUUGAUAAAAAUCAGACCAAUUUUGCAAAAUAAUGGCUACCCAUUUUAGAAGAUCUGGAGGUAUACUUGCUUCUUCAAUUUCCCAAAAGAGACAACUCUCCGCAGCAGCUUGUCAAGGCAACCUUAUUCAUCAACAACAACGGCUCCAAGAAACAAGCAAAUCAUUGAAUCUUUGCUCUGCCAUCAAUCAAGCUCUUCAUAUCGCUUUGGAUUCUGAUCCUCGUUCUUACGUAUUUGGAGAAGAUGUCAGCUUUGGUGGGGUAUUCCGUUGCACAACAGGACUAGCAGAACGCUUUGGCAAAAAUCGAGUUUUCAAUACUCCUCUCUGUGAACAGGGCAUUGUUGGAUUUGGCAUUGGUCUGGCAGCAAUGGAUAAUAGAGCUAUAGCGGAAAUUCAAUUUGCAGAUUAUAUCUAUCCUGCUUUUGAUCAGAUUGUUAAUGAAGCUGCUAAGUUUAGAUACAGGAGUGGCAAUCAAUAUAAUUGCGGAGGUUUAACCAUAAGAGCACCAUAUGGAGCCGUGGGACAUGGUGGACAUUAUCACUCACAAUCCCCUGAAGCUUUCUUUUGUCAUGUUCCUGGUAUCAAAGUGGUUAUUCCUCGAAGCCCAUGGCAAGCAAAAGGAUUGUUAUUAUCUGCCAUACGGGAUCCAAACCCUGUUAUAUUUUUUGAGCCAAAAUGGCUUUAUCGCUUAGCGGUAGAAGAGGUACCUGAGCAUGAUUACAUGUUACCAUUGUCAGAGGCAGAGGUGAUUCAAGAAGGCAGUGACAUAACUCUUGUUGGUUGGGGAGCACAGCUGUCUGUGAUGGAGCAGGCUUGUACUGAUGCUGAGAAGGAUGGAAUAUCUUGUGAACUGAUUGACCUGAAAACAUUGAUACCCUGGGAUAAAGAAACAGUGGAAGCUUCAGUUAGAAAGACUGGAAGACUUCUUAUUAGUCAUGAAGCUCCAAUUACUGGAGGUUUUGGUGCUGAAAUCUCUGCAUCUAUUGUCGAACGUUGCUUCUUACGGUUAGAAGCCCCAGUAGCCAGAGUCUGCGGUCUUGAUACACCCUUUCCUCUUGUUUUUGAGCCAUUUUAUAUGCCCAACAAGAACAAGAUACUGGAUGCAAUCAAAUCAACUGUAAAUUACUAGAUUGUCUCCUAACAGAUUGCCAUCAUCUGGGGAAUCAAAUCAAUAUUGCCAUUAUCUGGGGAAUCAAAUCAAUAUUUGCUGAUUUUGGGCUGAUCCAUGGUGGGAUAGGGAAGGGAGUUUGAAAUUUUUCAUGAAUGUUAAAAGUUAUAUGUGAAAACAAGAAAGCCAGCAAUACAAAUGCUGCAGCUCAUUGCUUAUCAAUUAUUACCCACUUCUGUAACAAACUGAUAAACUGGAUUAAUUGAGGAUGCAAUCUGUUUAUCCA